CUUUGAUUGACUCAAAACCAAAUUGAAUAAUUGAUUGAAUUGCAUUCGCAUUGGUUCAGGUCCAAAAACAGGAAUCUAGAUUCACACAUGACUAGCAGUAGCAGAUUGGAUGAGGAAUUUAUCUUGCUAUUACAAAUGGCAUAUUGCACAGUUAAAAUCGUAAAGGUUCUGUGGUACCGGUACCUCGAAGUCGAAAAGCCUCCAGCAGUGAUGACGGUUAACUCUACGGCUGGUCAAAGUUCCGUCACAUCGGUUGCUGCCGCUAAGCGACCCAGUCACUUAGCCGUGACCCCGACUGCCAUGCGAACCCUUAGCACAGUACCUGAGUUGCGACCUGUCAGUCCACGCGGCGCCAGUCAGCCGCUAGUCUCAUCAACGUUACUGCCAUAUCCAUCGAUGACGUUGGCUCGUCUUCAAGGACAAUUGGAACCAGAACCUCCAGCAGUGAUGAUGGUUUACUCCACGGCUGGUCAAAGUUCUGUCACAUUGGUUGCUGCCACUGAACGACCCAGUCACUUAGCCGUGACCCCGACUGCCAUGCGAACACUUAGCACAGUACCUGAGUUGCGACCUGUCAGUCCACGCGGCGCCAGUCAGCCGCUAGUCUCAUCAACGUUACUGCCAUAUCCAUCGACGACGUUGGCUCGUCUUCAAGGACAAUUGGAACCAGAUCUGUGGUACCUCGAAGUCGAACAGCCUCCAGCAGUGAUGAUGGUUUACUCCACGGCUGGUCAAAGUUCUGUCACAUUGGUUGCUGCCACUGAACGACCCAGUCACUUAGCCGUGACCCCGACUGCCAUGCGAACACUUAGCACAGUACCUGAGUUGCGACCUGUCAGUCCACGCGGCGCCAGUCAGCCGCUAGUCUCAUCAACGUUACUGCCAUAUCCAUCGACGACGUUGGCUCGUCUUCAAGGACAAUUGGAACCAGAUCUGUGGUACCUCGAAGUCGAACAGCCUCCAGCAGUGAUGAUGGUUUACUCCACGGCUGGUCAAAGUUCUGUCACAUUGGUUGCUGCCACUGAACGACCCAGUCACUUAGCCGUGACCCCGACUGCCAUGCGAACACUUAGCACAGUACCUGAGUUGCGACCUGUCAGUCCACGCGGCGCCAGUCAGCCGCUAGUCUCAUCAACGUUACUGCCAUAUCCAUCGACGACGUUGGCUCGUCUUCAAGGACAAUUGGAACCAGAUCUGUGGUACCUCGAAGUCGAAAAGCCUCCAGCAGUGAUGAUGGUUUACUCCACGGCUGGUCAAAGUUCUGUCACAUUGGUUGCUGCCACUGAACGACCCAGUCACUUAGCCGUGACCCCGACUGCCAUGCGAACACUUAGCACAGUACCUGAGUUGCGACCUGUCAGUCCACGCGGCGCCAGUCAGCCGCUAGUCUCAUCAACGUUACUGCCAUAUCCAUCGACGACGUUGGCUCGUCUUCAAGGACAAUUGGAACCAGAUCUGUGGUACCUCGAAGUCGAAAAGCCUCCAGCAGUGAUGAUGGUUUACUCCACGGCUGGUCAAAGUUCUGUCACAUUGGUUGCUGCCACUGAACGACCCAGUCACUUAGCCGUGACCCCGACUGCCAUGCGAACACUUAGCACAGUACCUGAGUUGCGACCUGUCAGUCCACGCGGCGCCAGUCAGCCGCUAGUCUCAUCAACGUUACUGCCAUAUCCAUCGACGACGUUGGCUCGUCUUCAAGGACAAUUGGAACCAGAUCUGUGGUACCUCGAAGUCGAAAAGCCUCCAGCAGUGAUGAUGGUUUACUCCACGGCUGGUCAAAGUUCUGUCACAUUGGUUGCUGCCACUGAACGACCCAGUCACUUAGCCGUGACCCCGACUGCCAUGCGAACACUUAGCACAGUACCUGAGUUGCGACCUGUCAGUCCACGCGGCGCCAGUCAGCCGCUAGUCUCAUCAACGUUACUGCCAUAUCCAUCGACGACGUUGGCUCGUCUUCAAGGACAAUUGGAACCAGAUCUGUGGUACCUCGAAGUCGAAAAGCCUCCAGCAGUGAUGAUGGUUUACUCCACGGCUGGUCAAAGUUCUGUCACAUUGGUUGCUGCCACUGAACGACCCAGUCACUUAGCCGUGACCCCGACUGCCAUGCGAACACUUAGCACAGUACCUGAGUUGCGACCUGUCAGUCCACGCGGCGCCAGUCAGCCGCUAGUCUCAUCAACGUUACUGCCAUAUCCAUCGACGACGUUGGCUCGUCUUCAAGGACAAUUGGAACCAGAAACCAUGAUGUGGGAGGAGUUGCAGAUGGAGGCAAAGAGAGAAGAUCUGCCCGGAGCGAGGGCCGGACACUCCGCAGUAGCGAUUAACUCUCGCAACUACAUCUGGUCUGGCCGAGAUGGCUAUAAGAAGGCCUGGAACAACCAGGUUUGCUGUAAAGAUCUGUGGCACCUCGAAUUUGAAAAGCCUCCAGCAGUGGGGGGAAUCCAGUUGUUCGCAUCUGAAAUAAACUUUCUGGAGGUGAACUGGCCAGCUCUCCCACAAGUCGAGCACUACAUUCUACAAGUGCAAAAGCAGAGCCAUUAUGACAUGAACAUCAAGAUUCAAGACGCACCGUUGUUGCGACAGUCUUCCAUGCCUGUUAGUGUUCCUGUGCAAGCCCCGCAAGCAAGAAUAAACAAACGUUUGCCCAAACAGAUUUCACGAUCUCAAUCUGGACCUGCAGCUUUGCCUCACGUUCCGAUGUCGCUUUCCUCACGAACUCCACCUCAGAAUUACAGUCCGCAAAUUACAUCACUUCAUGAUAAAAAUUCAGUGGAGCCAAAACGUCGCUAUAGGCAGUCAAAUAAGCCCUCAACGCUGAAGCGUCUCCAAAAAGGGCGCAACAUUGGAUCUCCUACAUAUCGAGUACCUUCUUUGCCUAGCACUGUCAGCGGAAUCGUACCAUUUACACCCCAUCCCGGUGGUGACUUGUUGAGGGAGACGCAACCAAUGAGAUUCUCCUCACCCCAGUCGCAACCUAGAGCUAAAAGACCUUCCAAAUCUAAAGUUAGUGUUUGUAAACCCAUCCUCAUCACAAUAGAGUAUCAGUAUCAGUAUAGUAUUAGUAUCAGUAUCAGUAUCAGUAUCACUAUCAGAAAGAGUAUCAGUAUCAUUAUCAGUACCAGUAUCAGUAUCAGUAUCAGUUCAGUUUUUCGAGAAUAAUCAAAUUUGUCCACUUUAGCAAAGGCUGCCAUCCUGGAAAAUGGCCGAGAAACUAUAAACACACUGCAAGGUUCCACUUAAAAACUUAUUGUUCCCAAACCAUUCCCUCUAGAUAAGUCUAAUUAGUCUUAGAUUCAUCGCUAUAAUACUAUCUACAAGAAAAUACCAUAUUAGUACAGGCGCUAGGUGCAGUUGAGUAUGCAUGAAAAGAGUCAGGGAUUUUGACUUUUUAUUUUGGUAAUGGGGACCUA